GACAAUUCGAGUACUGUUAUUUCAUAUGAAAGUACGAAGUAAUUGAUGUCAUGGCAUCGAAUGCAAAUCCGCAAACUAAAGGAUAUGGCACCCGUCAUACCUUCACGAUUCUGUCUUUCAUUGGAUACUUCCAUCUAUAUGCGUUGCGGUUCAACAUCACUAUCGCCAUAGUAGCUAUGGUUAAACAUAAAGACACUCUUCCAGCAAACAAUUUCACUGAAAUAACCGAAUGUCCGGACCCUGGAUACAACAAGACAACGAAAAUGUCGAAUCAGGCUACCUAUGAUUGGGAUGAGGCUACCCAAGGGUUGAUACUGAGCUCUUUCUUCUACGGGUAUGCCCUCACACAAAUACCUGGGGGAUUCCUGGCAGAGAAAAUCGGAGGGAAGAGGUUGUUCGGAUAUGGCAUUCUCAUAACCGCCAUUCUAAGUCUUCUGACACCAGUAUCUGCUAAGGCCGGUACUUGGGCAGUGGUGAUCGUACGGGUAAUGAUGGGCCGCGCUGAGGUAAGCUUUUCGUAUAUCUAG